GACGCUUCAGUAGACAGUUCAGGAUACGAUGGAUGAGUUAUUUUGGAUUAUAUUAGUACAGAUGUUUAUGGCUUUUCUGAUUCAGACUCCGGAGACCAGUUGGUAUGUUGAGUGUGGAAAUGUUAAACUUGAAGUCCCUGUUCAAGGUUGGCCGCAAUAAAAGGAGCUCUUCUAAAUUUAGACUUGUCCGUUUACGUUGUCCACGUAACCACGCUCGUGCCUGUACAGGCAUUUUAUUUCAUUGUGAUUGUGAGUGGGAUCCUGUACAGAAGAAGAAGAAGAAGAAGAAGAAGAAGAAAUUUAUCGAGUUGUCAGUAUGCUAA